AUGUCAGCAAUAUUAUUGCCAUACGAUAUCCCCUUGUUUCCGGACCCAAAUUAUCGUGAUGUUCGAAUGUCUCGCCAUCUCAUUAAGAGACUUCCGGCAUUCAUGGACGAUUCUAGAUUGUAUUAUGAUGUCGGCGGUCGAAUGUUGCCCCGCCAUACUCUAUACGGUUCAUUAAAACCAUUACGCUACGAAGAUUUAUAUCCAGGACGUAAUGCUACCAAUGAUACUACAAUGGAAAUUGAUAUAAAGCUAAAUUUUGCACCAAGAUUUUUACCAACUAGAUUAUGGGAAAUACGUAUUACUCAAAUACCCUUUAGUCAAAGAGCGCCAGCAGGUUGUUUACAAUAUUUCACUGGCGUGGAGGGUGUAUUUCAGACAUUUAACUUUGCCGAUAAUGGUCGCCAUUUAGCCAAUCAAGAUUAUCGUAUAUGCAUGCGCCAGGAGAUGGAUAUGUGUUCUAUAGUCUAUCAGCCCUGCGAUGAGCAAUCAUUUCGCAUUGGACCCAGUACUUCUCAGGCAAUGUUUAGCAGUUUGAAUGAUGCUUCUGUAGAGGCUGGGGGUACACAAACAUUGGCAGAUAAUGGAGCAAAUAUAAAUGGUGGUAAUGGAAUGCCACCGCUUCAAAUGCAAGUUUUGUCAGAUGAUGCUACAAAUGCACAAGCUGGUGUGACAAUGACAACAACAUUUGCCACAAGUAAUACAGCUCAAGAGGCUGCAAGUUUGAUGACAACAACGCAGUCUACAAUUAACACAGCAUCUUCAACAGUUAGCAGUAGUGUGCCGGGGAAUACAACUGUAGCUGCAGAUCUUUCCACCGCCUCAUCUUUAGCAGAUGAUACUGAUGGUAUGUCUUCUACUGCUGCUACCAAUCCUACUACAGUUGCAUCAACUACGGAGUCUACAUCUGUCUCCACUACACCUCCAGCCUUAAGUGAUGACGUUGAAGGUUCUGGCGGAGAAGAAGGAGAAGAUACGCGUCUUAGACCUACUGCAGCUUCUAGUAGUGUUUCUCGUAGACCUCGACCAACUAGAGGAGGCUUUGAUUUAUUAGGUUUUUUGAGAAGUGCUUUCGAUUUCGGCUUCCGUUCUGGCAAACAAAUGAGGCCAUUAAGUGAAAGACAAAUGCGACAAUUUUAUAGCAGUUGCAGGGAUCGCAUAACAAUGCCUUGUAUUAUAGAAGAUUUCAUAGGUACUGGUUUGGGCCCAUUACCAGGUUGUGAACCUAUACACUGUGGCAUGCAAUUCUGUUCGAAUGGCAUUUGGCCAUGUCGCAUUGAAUCAACUGUUACACCAUUUUAUGUGGGUAUACAUUUUGGUGAUGGCACGGGUAAGGGAAGUCCUGAAGAUAAUAUUGGUGCAUGUUUACGUUAUCAACAAGUACAAUGUAUGUGAUGUGAAGAGAUAUAAUAAAAAAGUAUUUUAAAUUUAAA